CAGUAACUGCGACCUGGACUAUGAUCUCUACAGGGACGACUUCCCGUACCGGGUGUACGAGUACCAGAAGAUCCCCCCCCUCAUUAACCGCAUCCCGCUCAAGACCAGACGAACUCACGUGGGAGCAGGAGGCAAAAGCAGCCCAAGCCCCCAGCCUGGGGCGAGGAGCAGCGCCAGCUCCACAGCAGGACGGACAAAGCUGCGGGCCGAAGAGCUGCACUCCAUCAAGGGGGAGCUGAGCCAGAUCAAGGCGCAAGUGGACAGUCUGCUGGAGAGCCUGGACCGCAUGGACCAGCGCAGAGAGCAUCUCACGGGGUCCAAGGAAAGUGAGAAGAAGAGGGUAGAGACGGGGGCAGAGUCACCGUCCCCAGCAGGAGAGGGGUCAUGGGAGCCCCGGGGGAAGGAGGGGACAGGAGCCGAGGGACACAGCGACCUGCGCGACAUCGACAGCGCUGAGGAGAGCACAGACACGGAGGAGACG